UACACAGAGUACAGUAUGAACAUAGCAAAAUUAUUUCUUGCACUAUUUUUCCGUGUUAUAUUUGUAAUUUCAUUAAUAAUCAUUUUUUUAUAUAUAAUAUUCAUUUUAUGUUUAUUAGGUAUUCGUGAGAAGAAAUCAAAAGUUAAAGAAAAAGUUCGAGAAAUGGAGGAGAUUGUGGAACGAGAAAAUAUUUUUACAAUACCGAAUUUAUUAUGUGUUACCCGUAGUUUUUUAGCUCCAUAUAUUGGAUAUGUUAUUACUCAAGAACAUUACCAACUGGCAAUUGGUCUUCUAGCUUUUGCUGGUCUAACAGACUUGUUAGAUGGCAUAAUUGCGCGUAACUGGGCUUCACAGGCAAGCAAACUGGGCACUUUUUUGGAUCCAAUGGCCGAUAAAUUACUCGUAGGAUCCUUAGUCAUAUCCCUUUCAUGUUGUAAUUUGUUCCCGACAUGGCUAUGUGGAAUGAUUAUCUUCCGUGAUGUAUUUUUAAUAAUUGCCGGCUUUGUUAUUCGAUAUAUAAGUUUGCCACCACCGAGGACUCUUUCACGAUACUUUGAUGCGACACACGUAACAGCAAAAUUAAAGCCAACACUAAUUAGUAAAUUGAAUACAGUAGUACAACUUACCACAAUCACUGCCAGUUUAGCAGCGCCAUCAUAUGGACUACUGGCUCAUUCUACACUAGUGUGCAUGUGGUAUUUUACUGGUCUCACAACAGCAGCGGCGGCAACAAGUUACAUUGUUUUAUCUAAAGAUACAUUUGAACUGAUACGGAAUCGUAAAGUCCCAUGAUUUGCUAUUAUCAUAUGUGAAUUUUGAAAUCAAUACUAUUAAAUAAAUUAAACUUCAAUUGUUUCGAAAAA